UCGACGAAGGGAGUUCUUCGCUCAAUUUCGUCGUCGUCUUCAACAUAGGGAUCACUGAACUGCGGCAAUCUGUGUCGCCAUAGCUAAGAAUCGCUCUUCGAAAUGGCCGACCACGAGGAUUUUGACGAUGACUUGCUUGACAGUGCUCUAGACGAUUUCCGUGGAGUUGGUGGCUUAAGUCUCAAGUCUUCUGAUAAAACUCCAGCGUCGCAAUCGGGUCCCUCUGAGUCGAGCGCUGAAACAAAGCCAAUUGCAGUGCAAGGACUAGGCAGUAGUUUACCAUCAUUAACGUCAGGAAAGAAGAAAAGUGGUAAGGUUUCAAAAACUAAAAAUGCCCCAGGUCAAGGUUCCCGUACUGUCAAGCCGGAGGCCAACUUGUCUGCGACGUUGGAAAGAUUGGCUGAACAAACACGGUACACAGUUGAAAGCAUAGAUGCGCCUCCUAUGGGUGAGAAUAUAGGCGACGACAUGGAAAGUUUCGCCAAGCAGUUUGAAGCUCUAAGCGGAAGUCAGGAUAUGCAGGGUUUGAUGGAUACCAUGAUGCGGCAGCUCCUCUCUAAGGAAAUAUUAUAUGAUCCAAUGAAAGAAAUUGGUGAUCGUUACCCUGAAUGGCUAGAGUCACACAAGUCGGAGCUCAGCAGUGAGGACAUGGCGCGCUACACAAAACAAUACGACUUCAUCAAGCAGCUGUGCCAUGCUUAUGAAACCACACCAGACGAUUUUCAAAAAGUUGUGGACCUUAUGCAGAACAUGCAAGAAUGUGGACAACCGCCUCCAGAUAUAGUUCGCGAGCUUGCGCCUGGUCUUGAACUUGGAGAAGACGGUUUACCAAUGCUCCCUGAUUUCUCAGGAGGAGGUGCACUUGGUGGUCCAGGUAAUUGCAGCAUUAUGUGAUUGGUGAAAAGUUGAAGGUUUUCGGUUCAGUUUAGGAUCUAAUUAGAGCCUGAGGUCGUUCGUGUGAUUUGAUCGUUGACGUAGAGAUCUCCGGUUAUUCGGAGUCUCAGGGAAUCGUGACAUUGAGUUUGGGAUUGAGUUAUUUUUGUAGGAUUGUGGUUAUGAGGACCACUGGGCUCAUCUUAAAAUUUGGACAGCUAGUGGUCCAGAAUAUUUACUGAAGUAGGUAGUGGUGUUGGCACAGAUUCUGACCUGAUGCUGAUCACAGUAAAUGUUUUUCUGAUAUAAGCCGUCACAAAUAUUUUUGCAGUAUGAUGAUUCCUGAUUGUUCUCAGUAGUUGGUUGACGAAUCAUUCAACAAUGCAUCUUCAUUCAGGCAUUAUUUUACA